AUGUAUGCGGAAUUGGAAGACGUCAGUCAUACCCAAGAGUCUGUUAAGAUGGGUCCUAAGGUGUCUUUUGUGGUGCUUGCAGCGUAUCUCGUCCUGGCAGGAGCUGAGUACAGAAACGAUGGAGGCUUCGUGCCGAGUUUCCAGAGGACUGAGGACCAGCUUGCAGAACCUUCAGCCAGGAUCGAGAAGAAUAGAGACGAGAGGGAUAACCAGGCUGAUAGAACGCAGAGAUUUGGCAUAUCCUCGUAUGGGAGUACUGGGGGUGGUAGCUACGGCAGCACUGCUCCAGGACUUUAUGGGCCUGUGAAGAUAGAUUUAGGAGGAGUGCUUAUAGGAUCGCUGUUGGGCUUUGGAGCUGUCAUCAUUCUACCUAAGAUCAUCCACGCUCUGUCUUACAGCUACGGCGGAGGAUACGGACGAAGUCUGGACACUGAUUUUGGACAAGUAUCAGAAGUUUUUGGGAAAAUCGACGAGAUGUUGAGCAGAUACAACGUGGACUCGACAGCUUGCAUGCAACGGCUGGCAUGUUCCUACGUGCAAUUGGCCAACGAAAACAUGAUCAGCGGUAACGCCACAGACUUCGAUGUUUUACUGUCUUCAUUGUCCAACAACACGCUAGUCCGUCGUAUGCUGGACGGGACGGCAGUGUUCGAUGCGGUGUCAGCAGGACGGUCGCCAGACUCAGACUGCCACGAACUCUACCACAAAUGUAAACUAGACAAGAAGACUGUCGUCAAAAUGCUGACUCAACUUGUGCCCUCGUAG